AUGCCACACGCAGAAACGAGAAAAAAGAAACGAGAAAGGGAAGAAAAAAAAGCAAAAAAAGCAAAAAAAAACAGAAUAACAAGAAAUAAACUGUUGCCAAUGUAUUCUGGCUGCCUCUGCGCCCAGCUCAAUCCGUCGUGUCCGGCCCCGCACCUACAUCUAUACCCAGUUGGAGUAGGCAAAACAGUCAAGAGCGCGCACCGCCAAGGCCUUGGGCCUGCACAUGGCACGAGAAAUCUCGUCCUGCACUGGUUGCGGCAACGUCCGGAGAAGACAAAGCGUGGGGCCAGAACAACCGCGCGCAAAUGCACGCUGCGAGCUUUCCGAGGGCAACGCGCGUCGGCGCCUGCGCGGACCGCCCCCUGCGGUGCAGGAUGCCCGUCGUGCUUGUAUAAAAAAACAUCGCCGGCCGCAUCCUUGUUUCACCUCCAAGGUUAUUCUUCUACAGUCGUUCCUUUCCCUCCCUAG